GUUAUUUUGACGUAUCUAUGCAUUUGUGUCGUGUUAGAACCUACCAUAGAAGCACCUCUUGAGAGCAGUCGCAUACUAUAGAUUGCAUUUUCCGAUACCCGAGAUACAGGGAGCUUUCACCUUGCCGUCUUCUUUGUUGAAGUUCUCUCUGUUGAUCUCGAGGUCGCAUCUAAUUUGCAUCGAUCCUCGACCUUUCGCAGCAUGGAGGAGCAAGUAGACAGGCUAGUGGAUAAAGUAUGGAAGAAGUUCCAUUCUUUACCGGAAAACGCUCGCUUGAUGAUUGCUAUUAGUGGCAUUCCAGGUUCUGGGAAGACAGGACUCGCCAGCAUUAUGGCCAAUCGCAUCAACCAGCUCUACUCAGAACAAUAUGCAAAUCAGCCGUCCAUAGCGGCGGACAUCCCUAUGGAUGGCUAUCACCUCACACGAGCACAACUGGCUCAAAUGCCGGAUCCAAACUACGCUGCUGCGCGACGUGGUGCGGCUUUCACCUUUGAUGGCGAGAAGUUUCUGAGGCUAGUUCAGGCACUGAGGGAGCCAAUAACAUCGAAGACGGGCAUAUUGUACGCUCCAAGCUUCGAUCAUGCGGUCAAGGAUCCGGUUGAUGACGAUAUACCCAUUGCUCCCACGAGCAGGAUAAUAUUCUUCGAGGGAAACUACCUCAGUUUGAACAAGGAGCCGUGGAGCUCUGCAGCAAAGCUCAUGGACGAGCUAUGGUUCGUUGAUGUCGAUUUUGAGACUGCCCGGAAGAGGCUGGUCCGGCGACAUGUUCAAGCGGGGAUCGCGAAGGAUGAAGCUGAGGCGGACAAACGGGCGAUAGAGAACGAUCUCGUCAACGGACGGGAGAUUGUGGAUAACAGGAUGGAUGUUCAAGAGAUUAUUACCAGUUACUAUGAUACCCGGUGGGAUAGGUGAUUGCCCUAUCGUUCUCGAUGGAUGGUCAUGUUUCGUUUUGGGCUUUUCGACCAUAUACAACCACCACUUGAUGACUUCUUUACGGCCUCUGGGUCUGUCAAUUUGCAUUAUGACUUACGUGCUGAGAACCAGAACUACUUGUUUAGGCCUGCCUCCUAAAGAAUAUGGAAGCAAGUUAUGCUCACCACCC